GUACUAUUCGAAUGAAUAUUUAUUUGAGUUAAGCAUUCUUUUCUGCAAGUGCAUAGGUUUUCCGCAGGGGACCACUUAUUGGGGCAGCCGACACCGCCAAGCUCUUCCGCGGGUAUAGCGAAAACUUAAAAAAAAUAUUUUUUAUGAAAGUCGGAUACCAAGUUCACAUAGGUGCGAUUGUAUAGGUGAAUGGUCGGCGGAAAAGAAAAUAGACCGCUUUGCAGAAAAGAUAUCGACUUGCAAAAUUAAUUGCGACAAGAGUCGCGCCUCGUGCAAAACGAUUCCGAUCGGCGCUCCGUAUCGGUUACUCGGUUACUAAUAUUACCACGCCGGAGGGCUUUAAAUUUCGUUCGUGCGUAACGAGCGGCGGUACACAAGCUUCUCCGAUACGCGCGAUACGACACGAAAGUCGACCGGUUGUUGAAAAGAAAGAAUCUGUUAACAAAUUGCGAAACACUCAGAAGCCGCCUUCGCCUAAUCGCCCAGCCGAUAAGAUCGCGAGGAGGUCUAAAUGAGCUCCGCGAUACUGCAGGUACAUUAUAUACGCUCGUUGUGAAAUCAAAUUCAGGACAAAGUAGAUAAAUUUUCGCGAAGACAUAACUCAAGCGCCCCCGAAGUUCCGCGUUGCGCUGGUGGUAAUUUUUCAGAGUGACUCCGCUUUACUCUCUCCUCCGCAUGCCCUGUCGGACGGCGUUAGGCGAGAGAUGACGAAUGGAAGAGGCGAUCUCGGGCAGAGAGCUUUCGUACUCCUGGCUCCGGCCAACAGCUGGCAAGCAGGGAGAUGGGUAGCACCGUUAGCGCGCGACUCGUCCGAUUCCCUCGUAGAUCAGCCUUCUCGAUCGUACCUCGCCUCUCUUUAUUUCUUGUCAGGGACCAUUAAGUCCUCAGGGACGUACGGGACUCGACGUCGUACGUCCGUCGGAGAAAUCACGUUGGCACAUAAACCACUCGCGACCCGACCAUUGAUCUUCACCAUUAAUGAUAGAUUCUCGAUUGUAGGGCCAAGUUUUUCUUACGAAAAAUUUCACGACCAAAAGCAUCAGACAUUUCGCAGUUUUUUUUUUUUUUUUGUACAUGUCACAGUAAUGAAAUAAUUUCUUGAAAUGUUUGGAGUUAAAUUCCGAAAGUAAAUAAGGAUUCAGAAACAAUAAAACAGUGCUGUAUCCGUCGAUUAAGAAGUUAAGUUUCUUAUAAAUAAACUAUACAUUUUUAUAUCUUCUUUCAAAAUGUGUAUUACAUCGUAAACUAAUCUUAUGUAGUCAAGAAACUAAUUGUCUGGGCACUUAAUACAGAAAUUUAUUUUGUAUAAAAUCAUAUUCUGUGUCCAAGCAAAUAAUUUCGUAUCGUAUAAUUAGACAUAUCUUCUAAAAUAAGAAUUAGAUUUUAGUCUGCAAAAUGCAAACGCGAUUUUCAGAUUUUAAUUAACAAAAUCUGUCAAGAAAUAUAAUUCGUAUAAACUGUUUUUUUUUUUUUUUCGAUAAAAACACUUUCGAGCCUAAUUCUUAAAACAGGCACGAACCGAACGUGCCUCUCGGGCUUCGAUUACUUUCAAUCGAGGGAAAACUCAGCCGUAGGAGAAUUGUAGGCGCUAUCGAUCUCUCCUGGCGCAAAAUUCAACGCCGUUCGAGCAGAAAACAUUUGUGGCGCAUUCGUGUUACGUUCCUGAGACCUCCACCACUUGGUCUGACCGGCACUUACCACUUCUACUGCCGUCGAACUCGACUCUCGGGACGAGAAGCCGGGAUCCGCGCGACUCGGCUCAGUCAGUAUCGUACCACGACGCGUUUUCCGCGCGCGCGACACGAGCACUCGGAAAUCACACGUUUCCAUUCGCGUUAUCCGUCUCGAGUGAAGGGCUUCCCGUUACGCAAAUCCCGAAGGUCAGCGGUGUCAGUCGUUCAGCUGGAACCGAUCGACGAGCGAACCGCUCUAAAGCGAAACCGCGCGCUCUCCUCCGGCGUGUCGUUUCCAAUCGAUAAUCCCAUCGUUGAUCGCGUGCCCGAGAGUGCUGUAGAAGAGAAAGGGCCAGAGAUGUUGCCCGUCACAGAAGGGCGGAUGUGCGCGCUUUCGUCCGACCCGCUGACACCGUGAGAAGUCGAGGAGUGUCGCCGGAAGGGAUUUUUUUACGCAGCUCCGUCACGCUCCCGUCGAAAGCUGCAUAUGAGUCGCAGGACGGAGCUACGAGGUGCGACUACGUGAAGAGGAGGAGGAGAAGGACCACCGCGAUCCGGUUACACCGCGCCUCAUCAUGGUCGUGUCACAUCGCGAGUCGAGCAUAUCGUCGAACAUACGGGCGAUAAUCGAACAGCUGAAUCUGAACCCGGUGGAGAGGCGACGGUUGAUCGACAAGACCAGGCAGGGCGGCAACCCUGCAAGAUGCAAGAGCUUCCCGGACGGGAUAGUGGUGGAGUCGCAGGCGCCGAAGAUCAGUAUCGGCGUUUACGGGUGUAAGGACCGGGACGCCGACUACGAGAUACCGAGCCCGAUCGGCAAGACCGCGAUCGCGGCGCGGAAGAUCGAGAUCGAGCGGCCGAGGUCGAAGACAGCGGAGACUCGACAGAGGUUUUCCACGCACAAGAAGGAGGCGCACAUCGCGUGCCAGGUGAAGAGAGACGCGUCCGCCGCCGCGCCGGUGAGGAGAGAUUCCCGGGCGGAACACGCGAACGAGGGCAAGUUUGAGUGCCAGCCGAUAGUGUCGAUCGGAUGCUUCGUCAAGGAUACGUUCUUUAACAAGGAUACGUACCUUAACAAGGAUGAGAGCCGAGCGAGAUCGACGGCGGCGGUGCCGACGGUACCGAUGAAGAUCCCACCGAAAGGUCAACGGGCGGCGAUGAAGGGGGAGCACGUUGCACGAAUCGACGUCGGCACGAUCGAGGACAAGGUCGCGGACGCAUCGGCGGUACCGAUCAGACCAUUGUACAAGAUCGAGGAUCGUCUCAGAUCGUGGCAGCCGGAUACGGCGACGAGUGUCAGGAUUCACUUAGCUGCGAGGGAACCGACAGCGAUCGCGAGGGAACAGGCUUGCGUCGAGGACGCGGUCGAGAAUACGAGAUCAACGAAGGACUCGAUUGAUCGAAUUGUUCCGGUGGCCAAGGAAGAUUUACCGGAACUAGAAAGCGCGAGCUUGAGUCACACGGCGGCGCAUCAUCGGAUCUCUGUGCGUCCGAAGAAUCGGCGACCACCGCGUCGCACGACCCCGACGUCGACAUCAGCCAACGGUGCCGCGCCCAGCUCGCCGUCGAUACCACCGACCAUCGCCGAGGACACCCUAGAUAGUCUGGACCCACAGGAGCAACAACCUCAACCGAGCAGCAAUGCACCGUCACCGACGGAACCGCCUAAAGCCAUCGCCGUGACCAGGAAGUCGUCAAGCCGGUUGUCUCGCAACUCCGACAUCUUCGAAGAGUUGGAGCUGAGGCUGCCGCGAAAGGCGAGCGCGACGUCACUAUCGCCAGAUAGUCUGGAUGCUACAACAGCGUCGCGAAGCAGCGCUGAGAUGACCACUGCUAUCGAAGAACAGCAACCGGAAGUCAGAUGGAUCACCAGGAAACCAUCUAACCGAAUAUCCAAGGGCUCCGAAGUGUUUGAGGAACUGGAAUCGAAACUACCGCGUAGGAGAUCCUCGUCGAAUCGAUUGUCCAAGUCACCUGACAGCUUGGAUUCGUCUCCCGGUUGGUUCUCCAAAUCUACCGAGGAGGGCUUUGACAAGCUGGCCGAGCACGAGGAGACCACGAAACCGGUGGCUGCGGUCAGGAGACAAUUGUUGAAUCCGAUCUCGAAGUCUACUGAUCGCGUUUCCAAAUCGUCGGAUAGUUUGGAAGCGAUCGAACCAUUGACCAGCGACGACUCGAUGGAUCGGCGACGAAGCAGCUUUGACUUCCGAGCGCGCAAAAGUUCCAAAGCGAUGUCGUCGGAGAGUUUUGACCUGCUUGAGCAGAGCAGCUGCGUCGGCGAGGAAAUCGGUCCAGAGUUACAAAAGAGAAGCAGCAUUUCCGAUAUCAAUUUAUCGCGCGGAAGGAGACUGUCGAAGAACAUCUCCAAGUCGUCUGAGAGCUUUGAGAGAAUUGAUAUGAGCGAUAUGAAGGACGAUGUCGAAGCAAAAGUAAUACUGGACGACGACGCGUCGAAAAUGGGCGGUAGACGAUCAAGCAAGAGAAUGUCCUCGGAGAGUUCGGAUAAUUUGGACAUAGAGGACAGGCUGGAGAACAGAAGGGUCAGAAGAACGCCUAAAAGAAUACCGAGUACCAGUUUAGUAGACGUACUAGUUUCUAGAGAUGAUCAAGAGGGAGAGAAGCGACCGACUCCUACCAGGAAACCAUCGAGGCUGCAAAAAUCCUCUGAAAGCUCAGAGCUAGGUAGCACGGACACCCUUGAUUCGGAAAAGAGGAACAAGUCGUCGGAGAGCACCGAGACACUGGAUAGUCUGGAGAAAGACUUGGAACAGGAUAGAAAGGAAGAAGAGAUCACGGACAGCGUGAUAGAUAGGCGCGAGAAAAAUGAUUCUUGGUCUAGCAGGAACGUACCGGCGACCGAUUCCGAUCAAACGUCUAUUGGAGACGAUACUGAAGACUCCAAGUCGCUUAUUUCGGCUGACAAUAAAUACUAUUGGCGUCAAUCUUCUGAGCCGGUAUCUAAGGAGAACUUAGGAGAACUCCAACAGUUAUUGGCCAUCACAAUAAUGACUAGGGUGGCUGAUAACGGAAAUAAUCAACGCGGCUCCGUCAUCUAUCCGAAGAAGAAGCCAGUGAGCACAUCACAGCCAUCGUCACCGGUGGCUAAGCAGGAGGACACGAAGAUGCUUUUCGACAAUCUACUAGUGAGCAAUAAGAACGACGAAGAUUUGCAGAACAUGCUCAACGGAAACAUAUCGGAGGUGUCCACCGACACCAAGAGCUUUAAGGAGAAAUUGAUCAUGUUCGAGAAACUUGGAAAAUGAACACGUCGCGGUAGAAUGAUAUGUAAUCGUUUCUUCUCGAUUUAUUUUCGAUUCGCUUCGUUAGCGACUGAUGCUUGAUGCAGGAAAAGAAGACGGGAAACGAUCUCGUUAGCGCUUGGUAAAUACGCAUGUUGUAGAUUAGCAUCCUCGCUAUUGUUAUUUGGAUCACGAACGGAAACAAAAAAUCGAGGAUUAGAUGCAGAUAAUUAUUUUUCUUCUUUGGUCAUCUACGGAACUUUAAAAUAAUGAAAAAUCGAUUUUCAAUAAGUUAUUAUAUGAAUAAAAGUAGUAAAUCGAAAAACAUUAUUUUAAAUAUACAUAUAUAUCUAGAGAGGAUAUAAAUUUUUCAAGUACCAAAAUGAACGUUUGGUAUUUAGAUUAUUUCUAAAUAAUUUACUUGCAUAUUUGUAUAUAAAUUAAUCAAAACAUAAUCAUAACGGUGCGGUAUUUCUAACUUCGAAAAAUCGAAAGAAACUUUUAGUUCACAUUGAUAAUAAUCGGCUGUGUCUCGUCGUCGGUACAUUUACUGGAAAAAUUAAUCUUAUCCGACGGCAUUUUUCAACUUUCGCAUUCAUAUUUUUUUUACACGACUGAAAACUCCGACACUUGAGAUUAUCUGAUCGCAUGUUUAUCAUCACGGAAAUGCAUUCGUGAAUGCGCGUACAUUCUCUCGUAGGGAGCUUUGUUUCAUUUGCAGAGAUAGUUGUACAAUAGUCUAGUAGAGAUGUGAUCCUCUCGGCGUGAUGCAUUUAUAAAUACCGUGUAUUAUCCCGUGUAAAUACAAAGGAAUAGAAAAGUUAUGCGUUAUCACCUUAAUGAUUCUGAAGAAAACAAAUAUAUAUAUAAAUAUGUGUUUAUAUAUCACACAUCAUAGUAUUAACAUUGAUAAAUGUAGAAGAGACAUGAGAGGUGCAAACGUUUGACGGUCUAAGAAAUGUUACGUGUGCAAUUGUAUAUAUUUUCGAUACCUUCGAAAAACUCUGUUUAUUCUAUACAAGAAAUGUAUCAAUCUCCCAUACGAAUUACCCAUAAGCUGCCUAUAUGUGGAAUGUAUAAUUCGAAUUAUUACAAAAUGGGUCUAAAAUUCCUCUUCAAUGAAACAUAUUAUUAAAUGAUUUAUAUUUUAUCUCAAUUUAAAUGCCUAUAAGAAAUUGUUAAAAGGAACAAAAAGAGGAAAAUUGUGAAAUUGUCAAUAGUCAGCGAUAGCAUGCAAUCACUCAGUUUUUUUGCUGAUCUAGGAGGCGUAGAAAAAGUAUGGAGCAUAUCGUUUUACACUCGUCAAAUUUCACAAGAAAAAAAUGAUUUUUAGUAGCCUUUCAAGUGCCUUACCGAAUCAAUCGAGAAAUUGAAUCUAUAUAUGUCGAGUAUAGGAGAACGUUGUAUCAACCCCUUUUCUUCCUAUUUUUAGUUGUUUAGUUGAUGAACGUAUGUUUCGGAUCCCGAAAGAUGCAAAGAUCGUCUCUUAGAGUAAAAUAGAGAAAACUGGAUUUAACCACCAUGUCACUGUGUGUAAUAUUAUGUAAUAAUAUACAGAAUAUAACAAGAGAAAUUCGACACACAGCAUACAUACACGCGCGCAUUUACACUAAACAGAUUUUCUUUCCAUUGAUGUAAAUAAAGCUGCCAUCACAAAUUA